CGCCGCCGCCGCCGCCGCCGCCAUUGGAGUCGGCGCCUCGUCAGUGCGUCCCGUCCGGGCUCCGUCUCACCGCGCCGCGCCCCGCGAGCGGCCCGCGCGCCCAGCAGUCGCCGCCGCCGCCGCCCGGCCGGCGCCCGGGGAGGAGGCGGCGGGCCCGGGGCCGCGAGAGCGCGGGUGACAGGCCCGGCCUCGCGGGGAGGCCCGAGCCGGCGGGCGCCCCGGCCCCGCGCCGCGCCGCGCCGUUCAUGAAGCAUGUCGGCCACCAGCGUGGACCCCCAGAGAACAAAAGGACAGGAUACUAAAGUACAAAAUGGUUCUUUGCAUCAGAAGGAUACAGUCCAUGACAAUGACUUUGAGCCCUACCUUUCUGGACAGUCAAAUCAGAGUAACAGUUACCCCUCCAUGGCGGAUCCUUACCUGUCCAGCUACUACCCACCGUCCAUCGGAUUUCCUUACUCCCUCAAUGAGGCGCCCUGGUCCACUGGAGGGGACCCUCCGAUCCCGUACCUCACCACCUACGGACAGCUCAGUAACGGAGACCACCACUUCAUGCACGAUGCUGUCUUCGGCCAGCCCGGGGGCCUGGGGAACAGCAUCUACCAGCACAGGUUCAAUUUCUUCCCCGAAAACCCUGCCUUCUCCGCCUGGGGGACGAGCGGGUCUCAGGGGCAGCAGGCUCAGAGCUCCGCCUACGGAAGCAGCUACACGUACCCGCCGAGCUCCCUGGGUGGCACGAUCGUGGACGGGCAGACGGGCUUCCACAGCGAUACCCUCAACAAGGCCCCCGGCAUGAACAGCCUGGAGCAGGGCAUGGUGGGCCUGAAGAUUGGGGACGUCACCACCUCUGCCGUCAAGACCGUGGGGUCGGUGGUUAGCAGCGUGGCGAUGGCCGGUGUCCUUUCCGGGAAUGGUGGGACAAGCGUGAAUAUGCCGGUUUCAAAGCCGACCUCGUGGGCUGCCAUCGCCAGCAAGCCGGCAAAGCCACAGCCGAAAAUGAAAGCAAAGAGCGGACCUGUCGUUGGGGCAGCCCUGCCCCCGCCACCUAUAAAGCAUAACAUGGACAUCGGCACAUGGGACAACAAAGGGCCUGUGCCCAAGCCUCCGGCCCCGCAGCAGGCACCGGCCCCCCAGCCUGCCCCGCAGCCCCAGCCGGUCGUGCAGCCUCUUCCCGCUCAGCCCCCCCCUUUGGCCCAACCGCAGUAUCCGAGCCCUCAGCAGCCACCCCAGACCCGCUGGGUCGCCCCUCGCAACAGAAAUGCGGCGUUCGGGCAGAGCGGAGGGGCCGGCGGCGACGGUAACUCUCCCGGAAACGCUCAGCCUAAUUCUGCCCCCGGUGUGGAGUCCCACCCCGUUCUGGAAAAACUGAAAGCGGCCCACAGCUAUAACCCUAAAGAGUUUGAUUGGAAUCUUAAGAGCGGCCGCGUGUUCAUCAUAAAGAGCUACUCGGAGGACGACAUCCACCGCUCCAUCAAGUACUCCAUCUGGUGCAGCACGGAGCACGGCAACAAGCGUCUGGACGGUGCCUUCCGCGCCGCCGGCAGCAAGGGGCCCGUGUACCUGCUCUUCAGCGUCAACGGGAGCGGGCACUUCUGCGGGGUGGCCGAGAUGAAGUCGCCCGUGGACUACGGCACCAGCGCGGGGGUCUGGUCUCAGGACAAGUGGAAAGGCAAGUUUGACGUGAAAUGGAUUUUCGUCAAGGACGUGCCCAACAACCAGCUGCGGCACAUCAGGCUGGAGAAUAACGACAACAAGCCGGUCACCAACUCCCGUGACACCCAGGAGGUGCCCUUAGAGAAAGCAAAGCAAGUGCUGAGAAUCAUCGCUUCCUACAAGCACACGACCUCCAUCUUUGACGACUUUUCUCACUACGAGAAGCGUCAGGAGGAGGAGGAGGAGGUGCGCAAGGAACGGCAGAAUCGAAACAAACAAUAAGGAUGAACCAGUUUCUUCUGUGUUCUAACGUCGGACUGAAAAAGUUGAAGAGAACGUGUGCUUGGUGCUGUUGUCUCGUGCGGGGCCCGACUCGUCGCACCUUUCGCUCAUUGUCUUUCAUUUUUGCCCAGAUGGAUCUGCGUUCGUUUGUACUUUUUCUAUGGAUUAUCGUAUUCUAGAACUCACUAAUAAAGGAGUAUGUUUUCUGUCAGCCUAUCAACCAGACCUAAUGUGAGAUAUAAGUAUCCUUCAAAAGCAAACCAAACAGAAAGCCCUCAUACAUCUGAAAGGUGGUUUUUUAGUUUUUUUGGGGUUUUAUGCAGAAAUUAUGUUCUUUCUUUUCUAGUCAGUGUCCUUUAACAUGUUUACGUGGAACUCAUUUCUCACCCCUUUGUUGCUUUACAGCAGACACAAGAAACCGUGAGUGGUUUUGGCGUUUACUGUCUUCUGUUAAAAUACUUCUUUUCAAAAUGUUGAAAUCAACAAGUUAACUAUCACCUCAUUUGAGCGGUUUGCUGUUUUUAUUACCUGUUAUCUGUCUAAAACGCUAAUCCGUUUGAUUUUUCUACUAGACAAAAAGAUACGUUUUAGUUUUCCAGAUGUGGUGAACGUGCCCCGUCGCGCGGAGCGCCAUCCACCCUCGAACGGUCUCAGGCGCCGUGGCCGCCGUGUCCCUCGCGCUGCUCCGCCCGGCGGGGUGGGAGCGGCGGCACGCGGAGGGCCGGGCUCCGCGGGCGGCCGUUCGAGCUGUGUGUGUCGCCCCACCUGCCCCCCUCGUCCCCCGACAACCCGACGCCCUUCUGAGUUUCCCGCCCACGAUGCUGAGCUUUACACGUCCGGUCCGCUGGUGCAGACGGAGCGGCGGGCGAUGCCGCGGGCGUCAGUUUCACCGUGCGCGUCUGCUUUCUCUUUCCCGUUGAAUGGGUAAAAAAAAAAAAAAAAAAAGCAGACAACAAAAAAAACCCUUUUAGAAACUGAAUUUGCUGUCCUGUUCUGUGGACCGAGGGACCUUGAACUGGCUGCCACCUGGAGUCCGAGUCAAGCAUGACCAUGGUGCUCACACCUGUCGCUCCGGCACGCAGUCUGCACGCGCCCACCGUAGGGGAUCUUCCUGUUUAGAGAGCAGAUACCUUCCGAAAACUAUUUACUCCAAAAGACCCUCUGAGUUAAAGUUUAAGCUGUAUUAUUUAGACUUGUAUUUAGAACGUGUCACUUUCUCUGAACUGUUCCUGCCUGUGUGGAGUCACGGACAACAUCGGAUAACUUUUCCUCUGGAGAAUACAAGCCUUAAUAAACAAUACCUAUUUAGCAA